UUGUCCCUCUACGUUUGCCGUACUGCGCUAGACGUGCUAUGGCUACACUACACGGCUAGCUAACCACUACUACUAAAACACGUGAGACUUGCAUGGUUUCUUCAGUGGAUUAUGAGUGACAGUGAUGAUGAAGUCCCUCAGCUCUCAGCUGCUACUCUUGCUGCACUGCAGGAAUUUUAUGCAGAAAAAGAAGCAGGACACACAACUGUUAACAGCAGCUACACUGUGGGAGCCAUCAAGGAGGACUGGCGUAUGAGCCAGUUUUGGUACAGCGAUGAGACAGCUUUACGGUUAGCUGAGGAAGCCAUACAUCAUGCGGGGAAACGGGGAAGAAUAGCAUGUAUCAGUGCGCCCAGUGUCUACCAGAAGCUAAAGCAGCUGGGGUCAGAGAGGAAAGAUGAGUCUUGCCAAGUGUCAGCUGUGCUGUUUGAGUUUGACCAACGAUUUGCUGCAUAUGGCGAUGAAUUCAUUUUCUACGACUACAAUAACCCGCUGUGUUUACCUGAGGAUGUCCUUCCACAGAGCUUCGACAUUGUUGUUGUAGAUCCUCCCUACUUGUCAGAGGAGUGCCUGAACAAAGUAGCACUUACAGUAAAAUACCUCACCAAGAGUAAAAUCCUGCUGUGUACAGGGGCUAUCAUGGAAGAACAUGCAGAGAAACACAUGGGUGUGAAGAUGUGCAGUUAUCUACCAAAACACAAUCACAACCUUGCUAAUGAAUUCCGGUGUUAUGUUAACUAUGAAUUAAGUCUUCUUACUUAACGGGUAGGUUUGGAUUUGGACCUAAAAAUCUGUUUGAUGAUUUUGAAGUAACUCCAGGUUUAGAUCACUGAACAUCCCAAUGAUCUAACCAUAUUCAUGGGUGUCUCUGCUGUUGACACUGGACUGAAUUAUCACACCUUAAUAGAGUAAAUUCAGAUUUACCAAUUUGUAGUUUUUAUUGAGGUAAUCACAAAAUAUUUGCAUAUUGUAAAUACUGUGUGCCAGGCUCUAGUCACUAAUAAAAAAAAGUUUGCUAACAUUUAAUACAAUUUACAUCUUUAUAUUGCAUCUUCAGUGGAGAUACAAGCAUGCUUAUGAGAUUAAUAUGGUCAUUGAAAUCUUGCAUUCUACUGUAGUAUACAGAAGCCAGUGGGAAGGAUUGGUGCUAGAAAUUACACAACAUACAGUAAACAAAUACAUAAAACUGUAAUUGUAAGCCUUAUGGUGGUAAUUUAUGCAUCACGCCACAUAACUAUGAACUGAUUACGUAAAACAGAUUUAGUUCUAUAUCUUGUUUUAGUUUUUAGCUUGGUUGACUGACUACACUUGAGGUAAAUGAUGUAUUGACGGUCUCAGGGCUGUAGCUAAUAAAACCAUGGUGUGGCGCCACAACACAGAAGAGCAAGCUUCAAGCACACUGAAAACGAUCCUCAGAAAUGUGCAAAGAUUAAAUGUACAUGUGAAAUAAUUUUGUAAGCUUUAUUAUGGCUGGUUGGUUAUAGCCUGUGCUAAACAAAUACCACAACUUGUACCACAUUUUCCUAAUUUCUAAUUACAUACAUCUUAGACCUAUUAAAUAAUUAUUAUUUUUAUUCAUCACAUGUCUGCCUACAUUAAACAUUUCCUUGUUUGUUUACAGCAAACAUUUAAAUUGCAAAAGUUGCAAAGUUCUAGCAUCAUGUGCCAGAUUACUGUUUGCUUCAAGGGUAGAAAUCAUCAUUCUUUUCUAUUUUACUUAAUGGCACAUUGACUAUUAUUAGCAUUAAGCUCUGGUUCUAGGAGUGUGGUGCCUCGAAAACAAAAUUGUACAUUUAUAACAUUUGUCUAUAAAGCUACCUCUGCACUGAUAACCCCCAGUUUAAUAGUGUGUAUGUCUGUUGUAAAUGUGCAAGAAUAAAUGUUAAACUUUUU